AUGUCGGCCAUUCUCUCGACAGAAGACCUCAACGACUUCAUAUCCCCCGGCGUUGCCUGCAUCAAGCCCAUCGAAACGCUACCCGCCGCCCCGGCCGAACUAUCCAACGAAACAGAAGUUAUCCUUGACGGCCAACACCCCGCAUCGAUACAACCGGCGGUCGGCCCAGCUGAGAUCAGUCUUACCGACUGCUUGGCAUGCUCCGGCUGCGUCACAUCUGCUGAAGCUGUACUUGUCAGUCUCCAGAGCCAUGCUGAAGUUCUGAAUACGCUGGACGCCGCGCCAGCGUUGCGACUCAUUGGCCCUGACGCAACUGGGGAGUACUCAAUUGCUGGGUUGGAGAAUGAAGACUCAAAACUUUUUGUGGCCAGCGUAAGCCCACAAACGAGAGCAAACUUAGCUGCUGCGUGUGGCCCAGGCGUAUCCGCAAAGCAGGCUGGCCAUAUGGUGGAAAACCUCCUCCGAGGACCUGAUGGUGUGAUGCAAGGCGGCAAGUGGAACAAUGGCUUCACAUGGGUUCUGGAUACAAAUAUCGCCAGAGAGGCUACUCUUGUGCUUGGUGCCGAGGAAGUUCUUGGCUCAACGCCAAGGCAAAUAGCGACGCCUGCGCAGCCAAUCCUAGCGUCGUCGUGUCCUGGCUGGGUGUGCUAUGCUGAGAAGACACAUCCUCAUGUCCUGCCACAUUUAUCAAAAGUCAAAUCACCACAGGCCUUGAUGGGCACGCUUGUGAAAACGUCUCUUAGCGCAAAGCUCGGUAUUCCUCCAAGCAGAAUCUGGCAUGUUGCUGUCAUGCCGUGCUUCGAUAAGAAACUGGAGGCUAGCAGAGAAGAAUUAACAGAUCAGACCUGGGCCGCAUCUGGACUACCCGGUCGAGGUGUUCGGGAUGUUGACUGUGUUAUAACAAGCAAGGAGAUCUUGAUGCUGGCCAACAGUCGCGGGCUCAAUUUCUUUGACCUUUCUAGCGACGUAUCUACAAUCCCACCGACGCCUACAUUUCCAGAUUCCAAGCUACACGACUUAUUAUUCAAUUCUAACCCUGCUUCGAGUCCCUCAACUGUUGCAGGGUCUUCUGGUGGACUACUCUACUAUAUCUUGCAGAGCAAAGCAGCUCUUACACCGGGGGCUAAUAUCCAGAUCAACCGCGGACGAAACGCUGACGUUGUAGAAUACGUUAUUGACGUCAACGGUGAGCCGAUAUUCAAGGCUGCUCGCUACUACGGCUUCCGUAAUAUUCAAAAUCUUGUCCGUCGUUUAAAGCCUGCGCGACCGUCUCGGAUGCCUGGAGGAAAACCUUUCGGCAGCGCACGCAGGCCAACAGGAAAAACUGCGUCACUGGAAUACAGCUAUGUUGAAGUGAUGGCGUGUCCCGGCGGUUGCACAAAUGGUGGCGGUCAGAUCAAAGUUGAUGAUGACCUGAUCAUGCAGCGUAAAGGCAUCGUUGGCAAACCCGGCCCCCAGGAGCAGAAAGAAUGGCUAGCUGAGGUAGAUGAGGCGUACUUUUCGGCUGAUGAGAUGAUGAUUGAUGAAGGCCCUGCUUCCCAAAACGCGGUUGGAGGAAUAUCUUCCUUGUACAUAAAUGAUAUCCUGAAACACUGGUCCAGGCUGACAGGCAUUGAGUUGGACAAACUCGUGUUUACAACGUUCCGCGAAGUCAUUAGCGAUGUUGGUAAAGGAGCUACUGACACUGAGCGUGUCGUUCAGCUGGCUGGCAAAAUUGGUGGUGGUUGGUAG